UAGGCAAUGGUCCUUUUUGGGAUUCGGUUCUCGCGUAAACCCAUACGGGGCACAGCCAAAUUAGUUCAUGUCCUGCUCGUUACACUCAUAUUUAUGUUAACAUUGUUUGGACUCUUUGCGAAUCGAUUUACGCUGCGUGGUCGCAGCCGUUUCAUCUUCUCCAAAAAAUAUUUGGCAUAUGCUCUGCUGGUGACAACGAUUUUUACUAGCAUCUAUGUACGACAAAUGUAUCUGGACUACAUGACGGAUCAACUAAAUCUGCGAGACGCUGUCAAGCUAUACAGCUAUAUGAACAUUACGGUGGCAAUCAUUAAUUUCAUUACCCAAAUGUUAAUGAGCACGACUGUAGCUCGGAUGAUGAGUAAUGUGCCACUCUUUGAGACGUUGAAUUCUAUUCACAUUGACAGUCGCACUAUAAUGACCUCCGUGUUAAUGGCAUUGAUAAAAGUUCUUGGGUUUCCAAUUGUCUUGGAGGUGGCUCUAAUUUUGCAGCAAAAACGAAAUGAACCGCAUCUUAACUGGACCUGGACUCUAUACAAUCUGUUUCCAAUGGUAAUUUCCAACUUUUUAAACAACUGUUAUUUUGGCGCCAUGAUCAUUGCGAAAAACAUUUUGGAGGCCUUAAAUGCAAAGUUAAAAUUGCAAGUGCAGCAGGUGAACCUCAUGCAGCACGAGGACAACAAGAAAGAGUACUCCAAAUACUAUCGCACUCAACGCUUCUGCACAUUGGCCGAUGAACUGGACGAUCUGUCAGCGAAAUACAAAUUGAUAUGCUCCCAGAGUACAGAUUACAUGGGUCUUAUGUCGCUGUCGAUUGUUCUUUCGCUGAUCUGCCAUUUACUCGGCAUUACUGUGGGAUUUUAUAAUCAGUAUUACGCCAUAGCAGAGUAUGUUAUUGGUAAAAAGUCCUACGAUGCCUUCGGUGCUUUCAUCAAUUUAAUAUUCUUGAUUAUAUCAAUUCUGGAACUAGCUCUUCUCACGUAUUUGAGCAACGAUGUGCUGGUUGAGACCCGAUUAACAGGUAUCAUCUUACAGGAUAUGAAUGUGCAUGAGGCCGAUUGGCGUUAUCAGCAGAGUGUUCACACAUUUACACUACAAGUUGUCGUUAUUAAGUACAGGAUAAAGCCAAUGGGACUAUUUGAAAUCGACAUUUCGCUGAUAAACAGUAUGCUUUCCGCAAUUGCCAGUUUUUCGCUCAUUCUUGUUCAAUCGGAUUUAUCGCAGCGCUUUAAACAAUAGUAGGAUUCCUUGAUAUGCGUCUUACCUGACUAAACUGCAUUAA